AUGGUCUUGGACUGGAGCGCCCUAGCCCCAGGUCCCUCCGGCACAGCAAUGCUAGGCGAAAGCGGAAUCGAAGGCGCUGCCCGACGCGGACGGGAGAGAUUACGACGCGAAGAGGAGCAGCGGGCUCUUGAGAAUAAGAACGAAGGAAGAGGUGAUAGCGCAAUUACUAGCGAUGCGGCUUCCGAUGUUACUCUGGUCCCCGGGGGACAGGGGAAUGGUCUCUCAUCGGGAUAUACGUCCAAUCGGCGGACGGAUGAGGAGAUGAGGGCUGAGGCUAAGCGUAGGAAUGGUGAACAUAGGUCUGGAGGACUAAACGGGAAAUUGGGGAGGCUUAAGAAGACUUUGACUGGUUGA